AUGGCCCGGAAAGAGGACAUGCUGCCCGCCUGGGAUGAUCUAGAUAGGCAGAUGGGCCAGCUCUUUAUGAUGGGCUUCGAUGGCACAGAGGUGAACCCCCAGAUUCGAUCUCUGAUCGAGAACUAUCAUCUAGGCGCCGUCUUGCUCUCUGCCAAGAAUCUGAAAUCUGCGGAGGAGGCCACGAGAUUGGUCUUGGAGCUACAGACCAUUGCGCACGACGCCGGGCAUCCCGUUCCGUUACUGAUCGCAUUAGACCAGGAGAAUGGGGGCGUCAACAGUCUAUAUGAUGAUAUUUAUAUCCGACAAUUUCCCAGUGCCAUGGGCAUGGCAGCCACGGGGUCCAAGAGCCUAGCUCACGAGGUUGCUCUCGCCACGGCACAGGAGCUCAAGGCGGUGGGGGUCAAUUGGAUUCUAGGACCCGUUCUAGACGUCUUGACCAAUGUGCGCAACCAGCCCUUGGGAGUGCGAACCUUUGGGGAUGACCCGCAAGAGACCUCAAAAUAUGGAGUUCAGUUCAUGAGAGGGUUUCAGGAGGCAGGACUAGUCACCUGUGGAAAACACUUUCCAUCAUAUGGCAACUUGGAGUUCCUCGGUUCACAGACGGAUGUCCCGAUUAUCACGGAGUCGCUGGAGCAACUCAGCCUCAGCGCCCUAGUACCCUUUCGCAACGCGAUUGCGCAAGGUCUAGAUGCUAUGAUGGUGGGUGGGGUGUCACUUUCAUCGGCUGGGAUGAAUGUGAUGCACGCUUGUCUGAGUGACCAGAUCGUUCAUGAACUCCUCAGGAAGGACUUCCAGUUCCAAGGGGUAGUAGUGUCGGAAUGCCUGGAUAUGGAAGCCCUGACGCACAACAUUGGAGUUGGAGGGGGUACUGUAAUGGCAAAGAACGCUGGCUGUGAUGUCCUUCUGUUGUGUCGGUCAUUCCCAGUCCAACAAGAAGCCAUCAAUGGGCUGAAGCUGGGGGUGGAAAAUGGCAUCAUUGGUCGACAGCGAAUUGAACAGUCGCUGCGCCGGGUCCUGGAUUUAAAGGCACGAUGUACCUCGUGGGAACAGGCCCUGAACCCUCCAGGGCUUUCUUCGCUUACACAAAUGCAACCCUCGCAUACCCACCUUUCCACCCGAGCUUACGACUCUUCCAUCACGGUCAUGCGAGAUAAGAACAACUUACUCCCCUUGUCCAAUGUCAUUGAUGCAGACGAGGAACUUUUGCUUCUUACCCCACUGGUCAAACCCCUACCCACCUCGGCAGCUUCCCUCUCUGUUUCAGAUUCUGCUCAUGGGCCAUUUGACAAUUUUUCCUCGGACAAAGCCUCAUCUGUGCUCCACGGAGAGAGUGUCUUCAAAGAACUGGGACGUUCACUUUCGCGGCAAAGAAAUGGUCGUGUAUUGCACACUUCAUAUACCUCCAAUGGCGUCCGUCCCAUACACGAGGACCUCAUCCAACGAGCGAGUGCCGUCGUCGUGGUCACGGCGGAUGCAAACCGCAAUAUGUACCAACAGGGAUUCUCCAAGCAUAUUUCGAUGAUUUGCCAAUCACAAUGCACCGUCUCUGGUGAGCGCCGCGAACGACCACUGGUUGUGGUGGCAGUGAGCUCGCCCUAUGAUUUCGCCGUGGACUCGUCCAUUGGCACCUAUAUAUGCACGUAUGACUUUACAGAAACCGCUCUUCAAGCCUUGGUCAAGGUCCUAUAUGGCGACCUUACACCGUCUGCUGCACUCCCUGGGUCCAUCGGCCGCACUCAAAAGCUUCACCAGUCACGCCAGCACUGGCUGGUCGAGAACUGGAACGAGGAGCGCGACUCUUUUGCCCUGGAUGUUCUGCUCGAUACCAUUCGUGCCGACUGUGCACCAGGCCAACAGUCCGAACUCCUUGGCGCCACCUCCAAUAGCUUUCUCCUUCGAAGGGAAGAUGUCGACGAAGCCCAUUUCGUCGUUCGGAACAGCAGCACCCAUGCCCUCUACGGCUUCUGUGCCACCUAUUUCUCCCGCUCGACGGGGACGGGUGUCCUUGGCUGUCUCGUCGUCGACCCCAGUCGCCGCAAGCUCUCCAUCGGCCAUUCCCUGCACAGCCGCGCCAUUCGUACCUUGCUCCAGCGGAAUGGGCUGCGUCGCUUCCAACUCGGAUCCCGCCUUCCUGGAAUCUACCUCGGCAUUCCGACUGCGAGCCCGAUCGAACGCAAACGUCUUCGUCAAUGGUUUGCCAACAUGGGCUGGAAUACGUCUCUUUCCCGGCCUGUCUGCAGCGUGAUUCUGCGCAACCUCUCGACGUGGGUGCCGCCCGAUGGGCUGACCACCACUCUGCAGAGCGCCGAUGUGCACUAUGAUCUUGUAUAUGGGUGGGAUUUUGCCCAUGCGAUUCUUGAUCACGUGAAGACGUAUGCGCGACCGGGGGUGGUGGAAAUUUACCGGAUGGCGCUCGGGGGAGCGCCUAAUUGCGGGAUCAUCCGGGCUAAGCGGCCCUCCGACGGGGCCAUCUUGGGCAGUAUCGUGAUUUAUAACGAGCGAUCCACUCUGGCGGAUCAUAUGCCUGUGUUGCGGGCCACGCAGGGUUCGGCCGGGGGCAUUUCCUCGCCGGUUCUCUCCCCCUGUGGGGAGGAUUAUUCGACUGUCAUGCAAGGGUUGAUUCUGCUGGCUAUUAAGCAGAUUCGCAAGUUGAGUGCGGAUGCUGUUGUGAUGGAUUGUGUUGAUGGCGAUGGCAACUUUGAUCAUCUCUCGACGAUGGGAUUUACGAUGCUGCACAGCUUCGAGGAGGUGAACUGUGAUGCGGCGACCUGGACGAUGCAUAUGUAG